UCCUAUAACUCAUUGUUAGAAUUCAAUGUCACCUUUGAUUGGGUUCCUCCCUUUCAAUUGUAUAAUUUGAUGGUGAGGUCUUGUAAGGUGGGUCCGAAUUUCCCAAACUGGCUACGAACCCAAACAGGUCUUUCCAACGUUGACAUGUCUUACGCUGAUAUUUCAGAUGUCUUUCCAAGUUGGUUUUGGGGACUCUUUACUGACACUCAGACUGUAGACUUGUCUAACAAUCAAAUUAGAGGAACAUUAGGGAGCUUAGAGGCUACAUCAGUUGAUAUAGUUGAAGUUCGAUUGAGUUCGAACCAGUUGGAAGGUUCAGUACCCUCAUAUCUAUCAAAUGCUUCAUAUUUGGAUCUCUCUGAUAAUCAAUUCUCAAAUGCAACUUCCUUCUUGUGUUCUUCCAAUGUGAAUGUUUCAAAGUUUCUUGAUCUUUCCAAAAACUAUAUUUCGGGAGAAAUUCCAGAUUGCUGGCAGCAAUGGGUUACUCUAGAACUUCUUGAUUUAAGUAACAAUUCUUUUUCUGGGAAAAUUCCACCCAGUAUAGGAUAUUUACAUCAGAUGAAAACAUUGAAAUUAAGAAGUAACAAACUUGUGGGAGAACUGCCCUCAUCCUUGAAGAGUUGCAAAAGCUUAAAUGUUAUUGAUCUCGGAAACAAUAGUCUAACGAGUUCGGUGCCUGAAUGGCUUGGGGUUAGUUUUCCAAAUUUGGUCAUUCUUAUGCUUCAGUCUAAUCAGCUUAGUGGAAGUUUGCCUUCACAAUUAUGUCAUCUAGCACGCCUUCAAAUUUUGGAUGUCUCUGUGAAUCAAUUAUCUGGGAAAAUUCUAAACUGCCUCAACAAUCUGACUUCUUUGGCGCAAGAAGGAAAUUCAAAUCUAACCAUCAGACAUUCUUUUCAUACAUCUGAGGCUGAACCACCUAUGACUUCUCUUUAUUAUGAGGACGAUGAGACUUUCAUGUGGAAAGGGGCAUUAUCUUCUUACCAAAGUACUUUGGGACUAGUCAAGAGAAUUGAUCUCUCAAGCAACAAAUUAACUGGGGAGAUACCAAUUGAAAUCACUCAUCUUGUUGGGUUGGUUUCAUUGAACCUUUCAAGAAACCACUUAACUGGACGCAUACCUCCGGAGAUUGGAAAGUUGGAGUCAUUGGAUUCACUUGAUUUGUCAAGAAACAAGAUGCAUGGUGGAAUUCCGGAAAGCCUUGCUCAUAUCGAUAGACUUGGUGCCAUGGAUUUGUCGUACAACAACUUGUCUGGUAAAAUUCCAACUGGCACUCAGCUCCAAGGCUUUGAUGCCUCCUCCUAUAUUGGAAAUCCUUUCUUGUGUGGACCUCCACUUGAUUUUUGUAAUCCAGAGGGAACUAAUGGCUCGAUUGGUCAAGAAGAUGCAGAUGAGCUCAUCACACAAGGGUUCUACAUAAGUUUGGGACUCGGAUUUGCUGUUGGAUUUUGGGCAGUUUGUGGGAGUUUGAUAUUCAAGAGGUCAUGGAGAUACGCAUACUACAACUUCUUGAAUGCUCUAAAUGAUUGGCUCUAUGUGAGGUUAGCUUUGAUAAGACGGAAGUUAAAGGAGAUGCUUAAUAGACAAUCCUAAGCGCACCAACAUCUUCAGGGGACAAGGUGCUUCCUUUCAAUUCAAACUGGCGCUGGGCAAUCAUCUGCUCAAUUAAGUCUCCAAGUUUAUGAGUGUUUUUAGUGUCUUUUAUUUUGGAUAAAAGAGUGUUCGGUGCAUCUUUAUCUUUACGUAGCCAAGUUUGGUUUUCAUGCCGUCAUUGUAUUAAUUUUCAAUAAUAUGCAAGUCCUAAUCCCUAUGUGUCCUUGAUUAAGUAUCAGAAACUUCUGAUAUAUCAGAAGUACUGUCCUUGUAAAAAA